AUGUCACUAUCAUCUCUUGAGCACUGGCUCACAUUCCACAUUCGAUCAUGCUUGCACCCUAAGUUUCAUAUAACCACACUACGAAAAGUCGCUUUUGUCAUUGCGUUGGUAUCGUGCGUGGCUUCUGGCCUGGUGUCCAUCAUCUCAUUAUUUACAAGGCCCUGGCACAGCCACAUGCACUACACUUCCCUACAAAUAAACCUCAUUUCCAGUGCUGUCAAUCUCGGUGGGUAUCUUACACCGCCACUACUGGGAAUUAUAUCGGAUUCGCACGGGCCGGUGGUAUUAAGUUGGCUUGCGACAGUGGGGUUUGUAUCAAGCUACUCAUACGGGUCUUACAUAUUUGAGCACGGAGAAGCGCAUUUCUCUCUCACCAUUAUUGCAUUUUCGGUCAUUGGGGUUUCCACCAGUGCCCUCUUCUUCAGCGGCCUCUUAACAUGUGCAAAAUUGUUUCCCAGAUCCAAGUUUCUGUCGAUUAGUUGCCCAACUACUUUCUACGGACUCGCCUCGCUGAUCGGGUCGGAGAUCUUGAAGAACUCGUGGUUCUUUCACGGCUACGAUUACCUAGACCUUGGGCGUGUCUUCAAGGCCUUUGCUUGGUUCCACGCAGUGGUGGGCACCUUGACCUGGGUGUCAACCAGUGUAGUGACUAUCCUCAAGAGUCCUGUGGAACAGGAGGAGCAUGAACCUCUGCUCGAUGGCCAGUCAGGUAUCUCAACUAACGACUACAAAGAACGAAUCGGCCGUUUCUUCAGAGACCCCGCGAUGUACCUGAUCUUUUUCACCUUCUUUCUGACCAUUGGCAGCUUAGAGAUGUUCCUUACAAAUAUGGGGUCUGUGGCCAUCCUGGUGUCGCCCGAGGACCGUGAUAUUCAACCUCGCGUUCUGUCAUUUUACGCAUUCAUGUCGACGAUAACUCGCCUUAUUGUGGGACUCGUUGCCGAUUUUUUCGCCAGCCACAAACUUUCGAGGAUGCCAAUCCUAUACGUAGGCCUCGCAAUUGGUCUUACUGCCCAACUGUUAGUUUUGAAUGUUGGAUCCAAUACAAAUCUCAUUUUGUUGGCCAGUGCGCUGUGCGGUACUGCAUACGGCGGACUCUUUACCAUUUUUCCAACCUUGACCCUAAGUAUUUGGGGCUACAGUAUUUUUGGAACUGCCUAUGGGUGUUUUAUGGUUGCCCCCGCUUUUGGUUCAACCAUGUUUGGCAUACUUUACGCCCGUAUAUAUGAUGCCCAGUGCUCCACAGCGUAUGCGGGUGCCCAAUGUGUCAGUCCAGUCUUCUCUCUCACCGCAGUUUCUUUCGGUGUCGCUUUCGUUGCGUGUGCUAUUACGUAUAUCUGCUUCUGGAGACGCAAGGGCCUAGAUAUAUAA